UACGAAGCCUUCAAAUCGUAGACAAAUAUGACGUGAGCGUACGUUUUUCUUACCAAUUUUGACAUGUUUACACUAUUUUUGACGUAUUUAGCCAAACCUCAUGGGAAACUGUGAUAUUUUUAUAUCGUUUUUGUAAUUUACAAGUAAAAUACAGUGAAAUUUGACCUCAAGAAUGGCUUUCAACUUUGAUAGCGGACAAUACAACCAAGAAACAACGCCUAAAAGAAUAGGCAACUGGCAAGUGCCGAGAUGGUCACCGACUCGUGCUCGCCCACUUGAGAUGCGUCCAGACCCGAAGCCUAUAUGCGACAUCAAUGGCCAUUUCCUCCCUGGAGCACCGAAAGGAUCCUCUAAGUGCUUCGGACACUUCACGGGAACUUGGGAAUUGCCGAGGAAAAUAAAUAGAAAAGUUGCGGAGGAGUUAGCAAAGGAACCACCAGCCAACAGAUUUUCGGAUUGGUUGCACCCUCGUGUCCAAAGACCCAAGGUCGUCAGUACCUCUAUACGCAUGCGUCCUGGUAAGCGUGGCAAAGUUACUGAAGAAAAGGAAAAGGCGCCCAGUACAGAGCCGUUCCAACCACUUCUGUGUCCGAUCCAUAAGCGUGUUCAAGAAGCACACAAAAAAUAAUUAUAAAACUCCAUCCUAUAAUAAAUCCAGAAAAAUACAGCAAAGAAAAAAUAAUACUUUUUUAC